AUGGAAGUCCAGCGACGAAAGCAGCAGUCUUCAUCUCUUGACGAUCAAAAAAUUAAUGAUGUCGACACAAAAAUCAAAUACAUAGUAUCACCCUUUCGCACCGUGACAAAAUUAAAGAGAAGCAAUUAUACACUCAUAAAAUCACACAAAAAGCUGCCCUUCUCAAAUGCACCUUCCGGCGCUUUGACAGUCUCAUUUAAAUCCAACGUUUAUUGGACUAAAAAAGCCAUAAACAUAACUCUACCACGUGACGCCACCUUUAAGUCAUUCGAUUGUAAGGUCUCAAUGAUUUUGGGCUAUCCGAUGCCGAAAGACUUGGUCAUCUUGUAUCAUCAUGAGGAAUUGAGUGAUAAGGAAAAAAAAGACCUUUAUGACAAUUCGGAAGUAGUUCAUUUUCUUUGUGGCAAAGAAAUGACGAUGGAACUUUUAAAAAAUCAGACACUACGAUUACUUCAUUAUUGGCGGUAUGCAAAACUUUCUGGAAGCGUUGGUGAUAGUACAAUAAAUAAUGAUGAAAGUGAAAUAGAGUUCGUACUGGACGAACAAGUGCCAUUGGAAAGACGAGGAAUGGAUAAUGCUAAUAUGGGUAACGAGGAUAAUAUAGAUUAUGAGACUUUUCAAAGAGUAGGUGAUCGAAUUCCAACAGCCGCUUGGUACAUAGUUCUAUGCGAACUAUGUGAAAGAUUCACAUAUUACGGUGUAUCUGGACCAUUCCAAAACUAUAUACAAUUCCCAAAACCCAAACACCCGGGAGACCAAUCCGGCGCACUAGGAAAAGGACAGCGUGUGGCAACAGCACUUGCUCUUUUCUUUAGUUUCUUUUGUUACCUGACGCCAAUUCUGGGUGCGAUAAUCGCCGAUAGAUAUAUCGGAAAAUACAAGACAAUAUUAUUUUCAAGCUUUGUUUACAUGGUUGGAUUAUCGGUGUUGACUUUCUCAGCGUUGCCAGCGUCAGUUGAUGCUGGAGCCGCAUUGCCAGGACUAGUCCUUGCAUUAAUCAUAAUAGGAUUUGGGGCAGGAGGGAUAAAGUCUAAUGUUUCGUCGAUGGUGGCGGAACAGUAUCAUCAAAAGAAAGCUUAUUUAAAGACAUUGGAGACGGGGGAGAAAGUUGUAGUAGAUCCAAAACUUACAGUACAGUCGAUAUUUCAUUGGUUUUAUCUCGCAAUAAAUAUUGGAGCGCUGUCGUCGAUAAUCACAACAAAUGUUGAAAAAUAUCAUUCUUUUUGGUUAGCUUAUUUGAUUCCACUCAUUGUUUUUGUGAUUGCAAUCUCGAUAUUUUUCCAUGGAAGAUAUCAAUAUAUACAAACGCCUCCAAAAGGAUCAAUCGUUAUCGACGCGGCAAGAGCUUUCCGAAUUGCAUUAGCAAAUGGGCGGAACUUGGAUAAAGCUCGUCCUUCACAGAUGACCUCACUUGAACGACAACGCCGCAAAAUAAAAUACAAUGACGAAUUCAUCGAUGAAUUACGAUCCACUGUAAAUGCAUGCCAAGUAUUCAUAUUCUAUCCGGUAUACUGGGCCGCCUACAACCAACUACAUACCAACCUAAUCUCACAGGGUGCAACAAUGCAAACUGGUGUCAUCCCAAACGAUAUUAUGAGCAAUAUCGACCCGAUCACUUUGAUUAUUUUGAUCCCGAUUCUCGAUCGAUGGUUUUAUCCCGCGUUAAGGAAACGGAAAAUUUUGUUUGGUCCGAUAACGAGAAUGUUUAUUGGAUUCAUGUUUUCGACACUGGCGAUGACUUAUAGUGCGGUAGUUCAGUUGGGCAUUUAUAAUACAGGACCUUGUUAUGAGCGGACACAUUGUACUGUUGACGGAAAGACUGUGCCCAAUAAUAUCAGUAUUUGGUGGCAGACUCCCACUUAUAUUCUCACUGCCACCUCUGAAGCUUUUGCAUGUGUAUCUGCCCUUGAAUUCGCAUUUCAAAAGGCUCCAGCUUCAAUGAAAUCAAUAGUGGUAGCAUUAUAUCUCGGAACAACAGGUCUCGGUGCAGCUCUCGGAUUCACCAUAAUCCCACUAUCAAAAGAUCCGUACACAAUCUACGUGUACGCCAUUCUAGCAUUCAUGACUUUUAUUUCUGGGUGUGCGAUGCUGUUUUUCUUUCGACAGUAUAAUCGGAAUGAUUGGGAAGAAAGUAAUAAUAGUAUCAUUUUAGUUUCACGGGAAGUUACUGAUGUGAAUGUCCACGGUGACGUUAAUGAGGAAGAGGUGGAAUUGCCAGUGGCUGAACAAGAAGGCCGAUAA